UGCAGACACAGAUGAGGAUGUGUAAUCACCGAAGUAAAAGCACACCUCACUGCCCGAUAAGACGCGCGGUGAUACGGAUUAGCGCACUGUUUCUGUAGACUUACAAAGAAAAGAGGGGGGGGGAGUAGCAUAUUUACUUAUCGGAGACUUUUAUGGCUUAAAGGACAGUUUACUGUCACUUAUUUCAGGGUAAGGACUUCUACAAAAGCGCAUGCAUGUUUUUUUUCUACUAUUGUUUCUUUUAUUAAUUCCUGGUGGUAUUUUUCCAUGUUGGCAUUUUUACUGGGCGGAGAUAAUUUGUCAUCUUUUCCCAAACAGUCUGUGUUUACAUUAUUGUGGUGUUUACGGCUUUGCAACAAAGUAUGAAGAUCUUUUACUAGUUGGAAAAAAAUACCACUCAAUCAAGUUAGAUAUAAAAAUCAAACUCCUCAUGUUACAUACUAAUUCUCUAUUCUCACUACGUGGUGUAAGCUAUUGUUUUACCAACUUUGCAAGUAAAACCUUGGCGACAGCUGUUUUGCUGUCAAACCAGUAACAGUGAAAAGUCCUGCCAGUGUGUUAGGCGUCCAUUUAAAUGUAUAAACACGGUUCAGGUGGUGCUGUGUGUGAUUCUAGUAUUAUGGUAUUCUAGUGAUGCGCAUCAUAUUCUAUUAACUCUUGUUUUGCAAGUCAAAUUUUGGGAACUAUACGUUCCUAUAAAUUAUUAUUAUUAUUAUUAUUAUUAUUAUUAUUAUUAUAAAUCAUUAUUAAAAGUAGAAGUACUCAUUGUGAGGGAACAUAAUGGCAGUCCCUGCCAAAGUGCUGAAUGAUAAAUCAAUGUAAUAAACCAAGAACAGAUGGUGAAUAUGCCUAAUCCUGUCUCAUCCUAUAAAUCAUUAUUAAUCAUUAACCUCCCGAUACAAUAGUUUUCAUAUUUUGUAGUGAAUCAGUCAGUAUUUUACUCUGAUGUGGAUGCUCACUAGAGAACCAGUAUGUUAAACCUGUCUAAGCCAUUACUGUAGUCUAAUAAUUGCUACUGUAUCCUAGUAAAUUACAAAAUGAAAAUUACUUACUGUAAAGUACAGUUCUUCUUAAAGUCUUCAAAGUUUAAUUAAAGUAAAAACCUAAAAAAAAAUACUAUUGUCUAAGUGUUACUAUAUGUAAUGAGGCACUAUAAACACAUUAUAAUUUGGCAGUUGCUUUUUAACCUGGAAAUCCACAUGAAAAAGAAAAUAAUAAAUAUUCAAAAUUGUAAAUUGUAAUUUAGUUACUGAAGUCGUUUUGAUUCAUUAUGCAUUCCAUAUUAACAGGAUUAGAAAAAAGUGUCACAUCUAACACAUAUCUAAAGUGCUCACUGUGAAGCAAAAUGUUACAUAACAACUUAAAGUAGCAACCUGCUUCAGGUGAGCAUGAAAUGCAUUGCAUUUUAUGAAGGAUGCUUUGCAAGUCAAAUUUUGUCCGGGUCAAGAAAGACCGCAGUUAUCAGGGAGAGACAGUUUUCACCUGAAAUAUACAAGAAGUCAAAAUAGUAGUGAAGUACUAAACACACACCAAAAGAGAUGAACGUGAGAGACACAACACAGAGUAUUUUAAUAUAAUAUUUUUAAAAUAUCAUCAGAAUGAUAUAUAUAAAAACCCAGCAGGAGUUGAUUUAUGUUGUAAUCAAACUUUUCACAGUGGUCAUGUUCUUCUCCAAAGGGCAUGUGUUUGAGUAUAUUUUGACCAUGACUCCUAAACAGCCUGUAAGGAGGCUGAAAGCUCUUGUCAUGUGGAAACCCCAGAUGCACACUCUGCAUGCUGAUGAAAUCUUGUGUUCAAACAGCCUUUAUCUCAUUUCUAGGCUUUUUAUAUUGCUUUUUAUAUUAUACAUGAUUAAAGCAAGUGUUUGCUUAUUAUCACAUUCAUGGUUAAUAUGUUUUCUCUUUCACAUCUCUAGGAUGAACUUAUUUUUUACUGACACAUUUACUUUGGGGAUAAGAGAACCUAAAAUCCAUGGUAAUAAAAGUUUUUUAUGGCCUUGUUUUGUGCUUUUGCGGUUGAGGAUGUUGGCAUUGACAUGCUUUAUGGCUGCUUCUUGUGUCUAUGUUUAUCACAUUUAUUGUAUUAAAAAUUAUAAAAUAUGCCUCGAAUUAAUGUUAUGAGUGAAUCAUUAACGAGAACUUAACCAAAAUUUGUUCAUGUCAGACAGCGAGAGGAAAACUUUCCUUUAUAGAACCGAGAUGCUCAAAGAGCCUCGUCUCUCUAGAUGAUGAAUCCCACCAUUAUAGGUGGUAAGGAUACUGUCUGACCACACUGCUGGCAGACAGCAAGCUGCUAUUGAGAGGGAACAUGAUGAUCCUGUUAAUUAUAUAGGUGACAUAACACAAGUGAACCUGACUCUGCAAACGCAACAGGGAUUUUGUCAGCUGGGGUGAGUAAUCUUCUGAGCAUCUGGUUAUCGGAAGAAAGUAGCUUUCACACACAUGUGUUUUAGAACAUGUUAUUCACAUUUAAAGAAAAAAAACAGCACAGAAACAGAAAGAUGUAAAAACACAACCUCACUAUGUGUCACUGCCCACAUGAAACCCUUAAAAUAAUAGUACUGAUUAUCUAAAAUAAAACACCAUGUCAGGACGGUCAACUCCUGCACGGGCAAAGGUUGGUUUGUUUGUUUUACCAAAAUUCGUGAACUGUGGCGUCCUGGUUGCUUUGUCUGUCUUCUUUUCCCCUACACUGCAAUGCUUAACUGGAGGUCAAAAUGAACUAAACAGGCUUGGGCUGAACUGAGAUGCAUGAAUAGAUAUGUAUAGUGACACAUGGCUUGAGAUGUUGUUUUCCUUCCUGAAACAUCAAGAACAUCUUGUUUCUGUUCUGGUGAAAGCACCCAGGCAGGCGAGAAAAAAAAAGAAGAAGAAGACAAAUGAAAAUUAGAUGGUCAAAGGUUACAUCAAUGGUCUGUGGCUGUUUUAUACAUGCAGUUGUAACUUAUUUUUAGAACUUUGUGGCCUUCUUACUGCUACUUACCUAUCACUUUGCAUCGGAAAGUCGUUUAAUCUUUGCUAAAACAAAACAGUAAACAGCAAAUCUGAUAGGUGUCUAACAGAUUUUGCUAAAUACUGUGUAAAGUACAAAAAUCUGACUGGCAGUUGCAAGAAUCCAUCUGUCUGAAUGAGUAUCUUGGUGUAACCAGAAGCACGCGGGUGAGUUCAUUCAGGGAUACGGGCUGCGCAGUCAUCAGGAAGUGAAACAGAACAGAAUGUGCUGUACUAAUCUGAUUGAAAAACACUGUGCUGAGUGGAUGCUUGAAAAAAGAGAUGAUUCAUUUAAAUAGCUACAAGGAGAACCCUAUGGUAGCAGGGGAAUACAUACACGGAAAAACAAAGGCAGCUUAAUGCUUCAUUUGGUAAAGCAAAAGGCAAAUGGGAGGGUGAGGUUAAAGAAGCACUUGCUCUCACACAAACAUGCGCUCUGCAGCUACAGGCUGAGCAACAUAAUGCUCUUUGUUUGUGUUCUAGGCAUCCGUGAUACGUACAGGGGAGUAAUCUCCCGAGUGAUCCCUUUUAUCCCUGAACUUUUGCUUUACUGUUGUGUCUGCCAAGGGCCCUGAAUAAACGACUGAGAAAUGGGGCAGUGAAUAACAGCAGUCCUAUUUUCAUCAUGUCAACACAAACCUUAAAAGGUUGUGUUUUAUUGUCAGCAUAGUUCAGUUUUGGUGUGUUUUGUGUUAUGUCUGACAUUUAUCACUUUGUAUAACUGAUGAGGAAAGAUUUUAACUUCUUUUUGUUUUUGAGUUAAAAGAAAAACAGGAGCUUAAUGGUUUGUUUUGAGUCUCGGAGAGAAUGAAACUUUUUUGAAAUCAUUUCAAAUCAGCUGAAGACUUUUUUUAAAUCAGGGCUUUCACACAGUAUUUGGAUGUGUUCUAAGUAAACUGCCACAGGAAAUAUCUGAUUUAAAUCCCAAAAACAGAAUGCAACUGUAAAGGAGAUUUUAUUUUAUUUUAUUUCAUUUUUUUAUAUAUUAAAAAUCCCAAAUAGGUUUCUGCAUUUCAUUGAGUUUAUAUCAAUGAACAAAGUGGUAGAAACACCUGUCAGUGUAAUAAAACCAGCUGCGACAUUCAAAUGAAUCAUAACACAGAGUCAAAACUUCCCUUAUUUGCUUUAUGAAAGGAUGUUUCAUCGUAGGACUGUGAGGACAGAGUGUACUUUUAAGCUAUGUGUACCUAAUAAAAUGGCUGCUGAGUAUAUCUGUUUAUGCACAGGGCAUCCAAUAAUCCAAUGACAAUGCUCUGUGGUCUUUUCUGCAUUUUCUCACGUUCAUUGAACAUUUAUGAUCAGAUUGUUGUCACUGACACAAUGUCAUCAUAAUUUGGAGUCCCACAAACCCCUCUGCUGUACAUGAAGUUAUUGUAAACCAUUUGCCAUCCACUAAAUAGUUUCCCUCCUGACCUCCUUAGAGCCCAGUUCAGUAAAAAAAAAAGUUUAAAGUAGUGAUACCCCCGCUCAACAAACCUGUGGUAAUAAGGGUUAUUAUUCUUAAUUAUUACAUAGGGUGUCGAUUACUAAGAAGUUUAGUACACAGCAAUUUAACCUGUCACGUCAGGCAAUCAUUAACCAAAAGCAUGAGGUUGAAAUGACUAAUUGCUCAAAAACUAAUUUGAAUCCGAUUGGCUUUAACCAGACAUGUUAGACGGUUAAAUCACAACACCGUUAUCACAAACUGUGUCAGAAUGGGAUACAAAUCAGGGUGUUUCGCAACAAGUUUAAAUGAAACAUUAAUGUCUCCAAUAUGUGUCUAAUUAAAGAUUACACAUAUGGUUACACAUAACGUUGGAGAACAAGCAAAACAGAGUUCCCUAUUCAUCCAUCCAUCGUGCAAUAAAUAAAGACUGAGCUGCUAAUUUUUCUCUGACUGUGCCCCUUUGUGACCUGAGGUAAGCCUCAUGGUCAGAGAUGCAUGAAGACUUCUGUUACACAAUUCUUCCCCCUUUUCCACACUUCGUCUUGAAUGCGCCUCUAUACGGGAAGUGUACAUACAUUAUCUACCCACCCACCUGCGUGCUUCUAAGAGGUCACAUGUGUUGAGCAAUAGCCCUGUCUGUUGAUUUACUUGUGUUCCUAUGUAACUACUAAAUGGCAGGCAGCUGUUUUUGCACUGCUUUAUCUUCUUAAGGUCAAACUGAGCAAACUGUGCGAUUCUUGUCACAGAACAUAGAAAACAUCGUAUCUGUACUAUGACUACAUUUUAUGCACCACAGCAAAAACAUUUGCAGUGAAUUUUUAUCUAGACAGUGGGCUUCAUGCUUGAGUCUGUGCAUUUUCUUAUCAUAAUAGUGAUUACUGCAGCCAAACGUUAAGACGUUAAUCAAAUUUCUCUUUAAAAAUCUGAGGAUAGUCAAAAGGUCAGGGUCAUAGUUAAGGCCAAGGGUUUGUUAGAUACUUGAAAAGGGGGGUAAAUAAAGGAAGAAACAAGAAUUGCUACACAUAUUUGAAUUACUUCAAGCAAGUGUUACAUCACUAAAGCAUCAAGAGUUUGAAGGAAACAGUGUAAAAUCCUUUUUUGUUGUAGAGCUACAACACAACUCACAAACACUAAAUUAGAGUGGUGUAGAAGUGUAAUGCAGCAUAAAAUGGAAACACUUAAGUAAAAUACAAGCAUUAUAAUAUUUUUUUCUUGAGUAAAUGCACUAAUAUGUGUUUAAUGUAUAUGUACUCUAUGUAUGUAUAAAAAUGGCCUGUGUUCAUUUAUAGAUAUCACUGCAAUUCCUCUGAUAGCAUUUGUGCUUUUAUUUAAACAUUUUUGACUAAUUAUUUUCAGUUUCAGUUAUUUCCAUUGAACACCUCUAACGUUUUUUUUCCUUUUUUCCAUGAGGUGAUGGGGUUUAAAAUGUCACAAUAAUAAGAACAUCUUGACAUUUUAUUUUUUCAAAGGUUAGCUUGACAUGGCGGAAGAAAGGACGAUAUUUUUUCAGGCAGAAGAGCCUUACGUGUUUACACAGGGGAAAUCUAGUAUUGCAGUAAAUAUCUGAAAAAGAUUACCGGCUACAGGACACAGGAACAAGAACAGAUGUUAAAAAAAUCUUCAACCUUGUAGCACAGAUAAGGUCUGAAAAGAAAAGCACCAGUAAGAAGACAGAAGCAAGAGUAUGACAUCUGGCCAGUCUCCACAGUUAUAACACUUUUUUUCUUAGAUCAUUUUAAAAAAAUAAGUGUUAUUGCGGUAUAUAGAGUACAUGGUGUACAUAGUUUAAAUGUAAAGUUAGGCUAUAGUUUUACUAGUUCAACUUGUAUCCCCUUUUUUUACAUGGUUGUACAUUUUACUUGACCUCUAUGAAUAAAUGAAACAAUGCCCUUUACAAAUAAGCUUGCUUUGAGUUUGUUUUUAACAGUGUAGAUAUAAAUUAAAGUGGCUCGGGGCAGGGAUAGGUUUACCUAUAGCCAAAGUAGACUAAAAGGGAUUAUGAAGUUUAACUCAAUGUAAUAGCAGCUUUUAGAACUGAAGAAGGUUCUUGGAUGAGAAGUGAAACGUCUUCACAAAACUUAAAGUCCAGUCGCUCCUUAGACUAAUAGCAGCUUGGUUCACUUUAUUAUACCUUGAUUAUCCUAUGAAGUAACACAUAUAACAGUAAUAUUUAAAUAUAAUGAUGUGAUGAUGGAAGUAAAGGCGCUUUUUAAAAAAUUCAGUCAUGUAAAAUGUUCUAAACUUUCUCUGGUUACAUUUUUCUGUUAUAAAAGUGGGGUGAAGAUCUCACAUGUUUGCUAGUUUAAUGUGUUGUGGCAGACAUUCCACUUUGGUACAGUAGGUGGCAGUAUAGACAUUUAUCGGUGUUUUAAUGGCGUUUUACACACGCAGAAGAAGAGUGGGCUUUUUCUUUUUUCCCCCUCGCUCUUCCGCUUUACUCGAGGCGCUAAUAAGCUAACAGGCUAGGCCUGCUGCUCAAACGAGCGGCGUGAAAUCUUCUGCAAGCGGUUUUUUGUUGAGUUUUAGCUGUAAAAAGGGAUAACAGAGUCUUGGACUUAAACAAGAAUAAAUUUGAAAUGGGAGACCCUGCUUUUCAUCGAGACUGUCCCCUCGACUGCAAGGUUUAUGUCGGGAAUCUGGGAAACAAUGGAAAUAAGACGGAGUUAGAAAGAGCGUUUGGUUACUAUGGUCCUCUAAGAAGUGUUUGGGUUGCCAGGAAUCCCCCAGGUUUUGCUUUUGUAGAGUUUGAAGAUCCCAGAGAUGCCUCAGAUGCUGUGAGAGAAUUGGAUGGCAGAACCAUGUGUGGCUGUCGAGUACGCGUUGAGUUAUCCACUGGAGAAAAACGCUCCAGGAGCCGUGGCCCUCCUCCAUCCUGGAGCCGAUACCCUCGAGAUGAUUUUAGGCGACGCAGUCCUCCUGUUAGACGCAGAUCGCCAAGGAGACGGAGCCUCAGCCGCAGCCGCAGCAGGUCUGUUUCAAGAGAUAGACGCAGAUAUCGGUCUGCUUCCAGAGAGAAGAACCGUAAGCGCUCAAGAUCCUUCUCGCGAUCGAGGAGUCGUUCCCGGUCUAAUGAGAGGAAAUGAAGAUCUUGGAAAGCUCAUCUACCGGCUUAUGCUAUGGUUACAAAAAAGUACAUUUUUAUAGUCUUUUCUUUUUAGAUUUUGUUGGGUAGCUCAUGGCAAUUUAAGGUUGGCCAUGUUUGGGUCUUAAUGGUCUGUUGAAUGAUCAAGAAAGGUGUAAACUGUUUGUUUUUUGUUUUUUUUUGGGUUUUUUUUGUUAAAUUCUGUCUUGCCCUGCAUGCUUUGAAAAUGAGUACUUGGUUUUACUUUUCUUUUUAAAACUGUUUAAAGUCAUCAUUUCAUUUUCUUUCCUUUUUUUGGUUUGGUUAUUUAUUUUACUAUUCUUGCUCGGUUACUGUGACAUGGUAUAGAGGGAGUGGUGUGGGUUUUUUUUUUUUUUUUUUUUGGUUUUUUUUUUUCUCUCAUACCA